AGCUCGUUGGCGAAUAUUAGGGUUAGGGUUAGGGUUAGGGUUAGGGUUUUCGCCUGGAAGGGGAAAGGGUGGUGCUCGAAGGGGAAAGGCGGUGCGACGAUGCCAUUUACGGGAGCUUCCAACACCAGCUCUGGUUCCUUUCCGAGCGAGUACAACGCAAAGGACUCGAGAACUUGGAGCAAACUAGGGUUAGGGUUAGGGUUAGCGUUUUUGCCGAAAAUGGAAGUGAUGGGAAUAAAAUGGGAGUCGGGGUGGGGCGGAAGUGGGGAGACGAAGUGGAUGCUGGGUUUCAGGGAUUUGCUUUUUAGUCGAGUGUUUCGGUUUCUAAUUUAUGGCGUCGAAGAGGAAUCUGGAGGUGCGGAAGGAUUGGUCGGUUGAUCCCCUCCGUGUGAGGAGGAUUCGGAAGGAGUGGAAGGAUUUGCUGAUUGAUCCCCCCGGUUCUUGCAGUGCAGGUCCUGUUACUGACGACGACCUGUUUAUCUGGCAAGGGUGCAUAAUAGGACCUGACAAUAGCCCCUUCGCUGGCGGUAUUUUUCUUGUGGAUAUGCACUUCCCGCCUGAUUAUCCGUUCAUGCCACCGAAGGUCGUUUUCCGCACUAAAGUUUUUCACCCGAAUAUCGAUAGCGAAGGGAACAUCAAGGUUGACAUCCUCGAGAAUCAGUGGAGCCCUGCUCUGACUCUCUCUAGGGUUCUACUAUCCAUCGGCUCGCUUCUGACGGACCCGAAUCCCGACGAUCCCUUGGUUCCGGAGAUUGCCCACAUGUACAAGACCGACCGAGCCAAGUAUGAGUCGACCGCGCGGUCGUGGACGCAGGAGCACGCCAUGGUGUAGAAGUAGCUCGACGCUUUACAUACCCAUAUAUGUUGCUCCUUUAAUAGAAAAAAAUGAGAACUAUAGUCGUGUUUCGUAUUCCUUUUCAUUUGCGGUGAAUUUAUGUAAGAACUUGGAAAGGAACAAACAUUCGGACUCUUACUUGUUUGUGUUUCGCAAGAGCUUUUCUUAAACUUUUAUUGCUCAGCCACUGAAGAGGCUGCAUUGCGAAGCAGCGGCUACGGCCCGUCGAUUCGAGCUGUAACUUUUUUUUGGCUUUCUGCUACUCUCAGAUGAACUGUAAAAUGAGUUUUCUGUGGAAAUUCUCAGUAAAGCGAAACAAACAAGCAGAAAACUGUUUUUCAGUUCAA